UCGCAAGUGGGAUUGUGAAAAAGUUGUGGGGGGUCCAUGUGGUCAAUGGAGUGGUUCUCCUGCCUGACCAUGAGAACCCAACUGUCUUCAAUGCCUAUACGUGGUUCCCCUACAGUGAUGGUAACUGUGGUACCAACUUCAGUCAAAUUAAAUUAAUCGACUCUUGUUCUUUUGGUCGGAGUACCAAAGUCAAUUGGUACCCCCCUAAAAUCCCCAACCGGUUCAAUCAAUGUACCAUCAGAGUACGCAUGGUCCAAUGGCCACCAUUUGUUAUAAACAUACCAAAUGGUUCCCGGAGUGGUCCCCCACGUGGUUCCCGUGGUAUUGAAAUCAGUCUCCUUGACUUGGUCGCCGAAUUUGCAAACGUCCGCAUGUUGUACCACCAUGACCAAGUACCAGAUAAUUGGGGCAAUGUUUAUGAUAAUGGUACCAUCACUGGAAAUUUAAAGUAUUUGUACCAAGAAAUCGACGAUAUUGCUAUUGGUGCUUAUGCUAAAAACAUGAAACGAUCCCUUUUUUUUGACGAUGUUUUGUACCACCACUACGAGAAGUUAAUUUUUUGUGUUCCAUUUAAGACACUUAACUCGAAAUUGGAAAGUUUGGCCGGGAUUAUGGGUUUUGGAGCGUUGGUAUUGACCUUUGUUUUUUACCUUAUGGUUACCAUAAUGUCAUGGUUGGUGAGUCGUCAUGAUUACACCCAUUAUCAAAAAAUUGACACGUGUGCCGUUGAAACGUACCAGAUUUUACUAGGUUUGUCGGUUAGUUUGCAACCUAGAAGUACCAAAGUUAGGUUUUUCAUCGCCAUGUUGAUUAUUUAUAGUUUCUAUGUGGUUACAGCCUAUCAGACGUUACUAGUCAGUGCAUUGGCUAAUAGUAGUACCAAACAGGAAAUCAGUACCAUUGACGAAAUCCUAGCCCGUGGUUUGGAUAUUUAUGGACUUAAAACAAACACGAGGUACUUUAAUAGUGAUG